AUGCCCUCAACAAGCGAAGCAAUGGCAACUGCUGAAACAACAUCGGAGAGCAGUACAGCUUCCGACAUGACGGCAGAAACAACCGAAGCAACUGAAGCAACUCCUUCAACAACUGAAGCAAUGCCCUCAACAAGCGAAGCAAUGGCAACUGCUGAAACAACAUCGGAGAGCACUACAGCUUCCGACAUGACGGCAGAAACAACCGAAGCAACUGAAGCAACUCCUUCAACAACUGAAGCAAUGCCCUCAACAAGCGAAGCAAUGGCAACUGCUGAAACAACAUCGGAGAGCAGUACAGCUUCCGACAUGACGGCAGAAACAACCGAAGCAACUGAAGCAACCCCUUCAACAACUGAAGCAAUGCCCUCAACAAGCGAAGCAAUGGCAACUGCUGAAACAACAUCGGAGAGCAGUACAGCUUCCAGCACAAUGGCUGAAACAACUACAACUGAGAUGGCUUCUGAGACAACUGAAGCCAGCAGCACAUCAGCGACAGAAAGUACUGCAGAGCCAUCCACAACACCUACGGCAACUAAUCCUAUUACACAGGAAAUUCGCGAUAAGGUUAUCUUCAUGCAUAAUUUCCGCAGGUAA